AUGGCUUCAAAUUUAAUGCAUCACAAAGUAAGAAUUGAAGAUAGGAUCAGUGGGAUGCCAGAUGCAGUUCUUUGCCACAUUCUCUCCUCCCUUUUCACCACAGAGGCUGUAAAGACCAGUGUUUUAUCUCAUAGAUGGAAGAAUGUCUGGGCUUCUGUUCCUGUUCUAGAUUUAGAUGAGGAAGAAUAUGAUGCGGAUAUGAAUCAGCCAUUAUAUAACCCGGAGGAUUGUUUUGCACAGUUUGUGAAUCGUGUGCUUAUGUUUCGUUGCUCGGGAGACAUUCAUAGGUUCCGUCUUUCCACUAAUGGUAUGGAUGAUGUUUCUCUUAUCUAUGCUUGGAUUUCCACUGCCAUUAGGCGUAAUGUUGUGGAGUUUGAUCUUACUGUCCAAAGAAGUACAGUGCCACCUUUUGAGAUCCCCAAAAGCCUUUUCAUGUGUAGCACAUUGGUCCGUUUCAAGUUGUGGCUGCAUAGAGGUAUUAGGGUCAUGAUUCCUACUAGUUCAAAUUGUUUCCCGAGCCUCAAGUUCCUUCAUGUUACAGUUCAUUUUCCUGAUUCUGACUCAAUGGAGAAGCUCUUUUCUCGUUUACCUGUGCUUGAAGAGCUGAUUAUAGAUGGAAACUUUGUAGAGUCAACAACUUCCAAUCUUGAUAUAUCUGCACCCAAACUAAAGAGACUACAAACUGAGCUCAGAGUCUUUAAGCAUGAUAUGCAUUUUGCUAACUUUGUAAAUUAUGUGUGCCAAAUUUUCGUUAAUGUUGAUGCUCCAAAUCUUGAAGAGUUAGAUAUCUGCUUUGAUCCUCUGGUGAGCUUUUCUUUGAAGAAUGCCAAAUGUCUACGCAAAGCCAAGAUAGAUUUCUUUUAUGUGGAAGAGCUGAAAAAGCAUGAUUAUUUCCUUGGCCUUGCUGAUCGCAUACAUCAGAUUUUUGCAGGAAUCUAUGAUGCUAAGUACCUGACAGUAAAAGCUCCAUUGUUGGCGGCCCUUGACAUUGGACAUCAAUAUCUUCUGCCUACGUUUAAUAAUUUGAACUACUUGGAGCUACAGCUUCAUACUUGUCGAUGUUUGCAAUCGCUGGCAACUGUGCUCAAGAUAUCACCACAUUUGGAGCAACUGAAGAUAUUACUGAAAAGGAAACAUAUGUAUGCCAAUGAGAAUAACUAUUCUGAUGAUGUCGAUGAGGAUGAGGUUGAACCGGAAUGGGAUGCACCAGAGACGGUGCCUGUUUGUUUGAUUUCACACCUCAAGACUAUUUGCCUAUGGGAUUUCAAGGGGUGUCCAGAUGACAUGGAAGUCGCCAAGUACUUGGUGCAGCAUGGCAAGGCUUUGAAUAGGGUGACUAUUCAUACUCCCUUUUGUGAAAACAAAGAGAUGAAGUCACAGUCUGCUACUGCCUUAUGGUCGAAUGUUUCAAAGUUUCCAAGGGGUUCCAAGACAUGUGAGAUUGAAUUUCAGACAAUCAUUUGA